CAUACACGAAACUUCUUGGUCACACUUCCAAGAGCCCAACGUAAAUAAGCAGAUUAGUCUGCGGAGAUGGCUGGAGAAACAGAAGAUGAAAUCCCCGAGUCCGGAGCUGUUUUCACUUUUGGAAAGAGUAAAUUUGCAGAAAACGCCCCUAGUAAAUUCUGGUUAAAAAAUGACGUACCUUUGCGAAUUUCCUGUGGAGAUGAGCACACAGCACUGGUCACAGAGAAUGGGAAGCUGUUUAUGUUUGGCAGCAAUAACUGGGGACAGCUGGGCCUCGGAACAAAGACCACUGUGAAUAAACCUACUUGUGUAAAAGCUCUGAAGUCAGAGAGAGUAAAGCUGGCAGCCUGUGGAAGAACUCACACACUUGUUUUUACAUCUCGUGGUAACCUAUAUGCCUGUGGAGGGAAUAAUGAAGGACAGCUCGGCCUUGGCGACUGUGAUGAUAGAACAUCCUUUCACCUGGUCGAAUUCUUCAACAAACAAGGACCAAUCAAAAUGCUUGCUGCUGGUUCCAAUACAUCUGCUGCCUUGACACAGGACGGCAGGCUCUACAUGUGGGGUGAUAACUCUGAGGGCCAGAUCGGAUUGGGAAAGGAGAGUAAUGCACUGACUCCUCGGGAAGUUUCUGUGCGGAAACGAGUCUUCUGGGUGUCCUGUGGAUAUUAUCAUUCUGCCUUUGUUACCGUGGACGGGGCCUUGUACACUUUUGGUGAAAAGGACAGUGGGAAGCUGGGCUUAUCGACAGAGAAGCUAGCCAACCAUAAAGUGCCUCAACAGGUGACUGACAUCCCUGAUAGGGUGGUCCAGGUGGUCUGUGGAGGAGGGCACACGGUGGCGCUUACAGAGAAUGAGGUGUAUUCAUUUGGCCUGGGUCAGUUUGGACAACUCGGUCACGGCACCUUCAUAUUCGAGUCUCGAUUGCCCAGAGUGGUUGAGCAUUUCAGGAGGGGCAGAGUUAAACAUGCGGCAUGUGGAGAGAACCAUACUGCGCUGAUUACUGACAAUGGCCUUUUGUACACUUUUGGUGAUGGUCGUCAUGGAAAACUGGGGCUUGGAGAGGAAAACUUUACCAACCAGUUCAAACCAACGCUGUGUCCAAGAUUUCUUGACUACCACGUACAUUCUGUGACUUGUGGUGGGUGUCACAUGCUUGUUUUGGCAAAGCCCAGACCUGAAGGACCAGAAGAUUUAAUCUUAGAAGAAGAUGACGUCACAGAAGACUACCUCGAGAAGUCUUAUACUGAAUUACUGGGGGACACACACAGUCAGACCACCCUAAACAGAAGUCUCUCAGCUCGGGUCAGACGCAGAGAAAGGGAACGUUCACCAGAUCAGUUUGGACAGAUGUUUCGAACACUUCCAGCCCUAAGUGGGAAUCAGAGUGCAUCUCUAUCUAUUCCCAACCAGAAUCGUCCCUCUAGCAAGCAACUUGGAAAGAUUCCUCACCACAGCCUUAAAACUCCUGGAAAGAGAGAGAAGUCUUUUGAUGACAGAAGCAGUGUGGAGGAUAGCGAGAGUGUAAAGGACCUUGGAGAAACCACUGACUUAUUAAACCUGACUCACAUAAUGAAGAUGGACCCUAACGAUAAUACACUCACAUUGUCUCCCAUGGAGAAGAAGAAGGUUAAAGUUGUAAAAGAACACGGUAAGGAGAAGGGGAAGCCAAGGGAUGAGCCCGCCCCUUAUAGUAAGAGGGCGGAGCUUUUAUCUCGCAAAGCUCUGCCCACUGAGUUACUUAGAAGCUCGAGUGGUAGCUCAGUAGUCGGGGACAGUCGUGGGUUAGAGACACCCCACAAGAGUCCUAAAAGACGUGGUCAUGAUAAGGAAAAUGUACUUAUUGCUUUGGAGGGGAGAAAGCCUGGAAGCAAAACUGGAAAGGGAAUGGACAUAAGCAAAACUGGAUCCAAAUCCUUAAAACCUAAACACACAGAGCUGAUGGAGUCAUCAGAUGAAGUUAAAAAACAAUCAACUGAAAAAACGCAACAAAAUCAAGAGGUGGAAGUCCAAAGGUUCAAAGGAACCUCAAAACCAACCCAAGAGGUAACAGGUAAAGCAAAAGCCAAACAUCAACCAUUGGAAGUCAAAAGCCAGCUGCAAAAUGUUCCAGGGAAAGGAAAAGAGGUAAAAAGCAAACCCAUAAUUAUUGUUGAACAACAUAUCGACCAAGACUCAACAAGUAAGAACUCAAAAGAGGUUUUACCAAAAGUUCAGAGAGUGAAAGGACACACUAAGAUAGCCGAGACUGAAAACAAAAGUUUUGUCCCACAUAGCAAAAAGUCUGGAUCAGAAAAAGACUUAAAAAGUAGUAAGACAACAAAAGAGACCUCCACUACUUCACAGCAGACUUCCGGUAAAGAUACUUCUACAAAGACAAAGAAAUCAAGAGCAGAACAAAGCCAAGUAGAGGACAAGUUUAAAAAGACAAAAAGGGUGCCUACUGUUGUCUCAGAGGCGGCAUCUGUAUCUGAAUCUGCAUUAGAAUCAGAGGAAAAUCAAAUAAAGGAAAACCCUCUCACUAAGGUGACUUCUUUUCUUCAAGGUGUGGGAAUGGGAGGCUCUGCUCUUUUAGUUGGAGAAGCAGUGGCCAGUCAGUUACUUUCCCAGUCCACACCUCAAAAGAUACCAAAACCCCUUUCAAGACAGAGAACCCUUUCUGAUGUUUCAUCCCUGAGUGAAUCCUAUGAAGUUUCAGGACAAGAGGAGUCAAGAGAGGCCCAGAGGACAGCUGUCACCAUCAACGUUAAGGCAGAUCCAGAUACUUCAGAUAGGGACAUGGAAAGAAGCAGAUCAAAGUCCAAAACUGAGGCUCAUUCUAAGAUGGGAACAUAUAAUAGAAAGGAGGAGGAAGAGGGAGAGGAAACCGAUGAGGAGGAAAGUGAGGGAUCGGUAAACAAAAGAGAUGAAAGUGAAGAUGUGGAGGAAAGUGAGGGAACGAGGAACAGAAGGGAUAAAAGUGAAGAAGUGGAAGAUAGUGAGAGCAAGACUCUUGACAAAGUGGGAGAAAAUGAUGAUGAUUCUGAGGGUGAUAAUGAUGAUACAAUGAUCAAAGAUUCUAGUGAGGAAGAGGAAAGUGAAGAGGAGAAGACAGUUAAUGAUACAGUAACCAAAGCUUCUAGUGAGGAUGAGGAAAGUAAAGAAGAGGAGAAAAGUAAUAAUUCUGAGAUUAAUGCUACAAUGACCAAAGCUUCUAGUGAGGAUGAAGAAGAAGAAGAGGAGAAAAGUGGUGAUUCUGCCAAAGCUUCUAGUGAGGAUGAAGAAGAAGAGGAGAAAAGUGAUGAUUCUGCCAAAGCUUCUAGUGAGGAUGAAGAAGAAGAGGAGAAAAGUGAUGAUUCUGCCAAAGCUUCUAGUGAAGAUGAAGAAGAGGAGAAAAGUGAUGAUUCUGCCAAAGCUUCUAGUGAGGAUGAAGAAGAGGAGAAAAGUGAUGAUUCUGCCAAAGCUUCUAGUGAGGAUGAAGAAGAGGAGAAAAGUGGUGAUUCUGCCAAAGCUUCUAGUGAGAACAGUGAGGAGGAUGAGGAGAAAAGUAGAAGUGAGGCAACUGAGGACUUGGAGAGUGAGGAGGAGGAGGGUAAUGAAGAUGAUAAAGAAGAAAAAAGUGAGACAAGUGUAAACACUGAAGAUGAGAGCGAAGAUGAUGAGGACAAAAGUGAAACAAAUCAAGAGGAGGAGAGUGGAGAAGAAUCUGAGGGAAAGUCAGAGAGCAGAAGUGACAGAUCUGAGGAAGAUGAUGAUGAGGAGGAGGAGGAGUCAGAGAAGGAGGAAAGUGAGUUGGAAAGUGAAGCAGAGGAAGAUGAAAGUGAUGAAAAUAGUAGUGAAGAAGACGAGGAAGAGCAGGAAGGUUCGACUGAGGAUGAAGAGAAGAGCGAAAGUGAGGCUGAGGGAGAAGAAGAGGAGAGUGAAGGAAACCAAGAAGAUCAAAGUGAUGAGGAAACAAGUGAUAAAGAUGAGGGAGAAGAAGAAGUGAGUGAAAAUGAAGAGGAAGAAGAGAGCAAAGUUGAAGAGGAAGAAGAAGAAGAAAGUAAUAAUGAGGAAGAAAAUGAAGAAGAGGAAGCAGAGGAGGAAGAACUUGAAGAGGAGACAGAAGAAGCAGAGGAUGAGGAGGGAGAAGAGGAGGACACACAAGAAGAAGAGCAAGAAAAUGGUGGUGAAGAGGAGGAAGAAAAAGAAAAAAACAAAAGAAAACGUGAUAAAGCCCCUGCCAGACUCCAAAAGGAUGCCAACAAACCAAAGUCAAGUGUGAAAACUGCAAAACCAAAAGCCAAACGAACCCGCGCACAAAGCGACCAAUCGGAUGACGAGUCCCAUGAGUCUAAGCAGUUUUGGGAUGAUGUUUUACCUCAAUACCUUAAUUUAAAAUAACCCAACAACUUCAGCUUUUCCCAGAGUAUUAUGUGCAUGCCUUUUCAUAAUGCCCACUCACAGCAAGAACGAUAAUUAGAACAGUAACUACUUAUAUGUUAAGAUCUCUACCAAAGCAUGGUAUUAUUGUUUAUUUUAAGUUUGGUCAGCUGGAACUUAAAAUACUCACGCCCAGGAUAGAUUCUGAUUGGCUCUUUACAACUAAUCAAACAAUCAAAUUGGCUUUUAAGAGCAGGAUGGAUUGUGAUUGGCCAUGAUGACCUUUAUCUGAGCUAGAAAAAAAAACUCAUUCUUAAAGUAAUUCUAAUGAUAUCAUUCUCUGUGCCAUUAUCUUAGCUUUUAUUUUAGAACUAUAUCUACAUUGUUAUAGUGCUGAUCCAUAGU